AUGUUGACAGAGGCACCAAUAUUGACUUUGCCAGAGUCGGGAAAAGAUUUCAUUGUGUACAAGGAUGCUUCUUUAAAUGGUCUUCGGUGUGUACUGAUGCAAAACGGAAAGGAACUGAACCUAAGGCAAAGACGAUGGAUAGAGCUUUUGAAAGAUUAUGGUUGUGUCAUAGAUUAUCACCCAGGUAAAGCUAAUGUUGUAGCUGAUGCACUGAGUAGAGAAGAUGCAAUAGAAUUGAGAGCGAUGUUUGCACAGCUCAGUAUUAUUGAUGAGGGAGGACUCUUGGCCGAAUUAAGAGUGAAACCAGUAAUGUUUGAUCGGAUUAGAUCAACACAGUUGAAAGAUGACAAAUUAAUGAAGAAAAAGGAGAUGGUAAAAAACGAUACAGCAGGGAAGUUGAGUAUUGACGAAAAUGAUUGUUUGAGAUUUUAG